AUGAUGGCGAGGUUUGUUUCAGUGUCGUCCACUCAGUUCCAUUUCAGCAUCCGUGAUUUUCCUCCUCCGUCGUCGAAUGUUUAUCCCAGACGAUUCGAGGUCUCUGACCGGAGGUUUCCGGUGUUUCCGAUCAAGUGUUCUUCGUCUGAGCAAGACGAUGGUGGAGAUUCGGCGCCAUCGAUUUCUACUUCCUCAUCGUCGUCCACAAGUGAAUUAGCUACUGACAGUUCGACAUACAGCUGGUAUACCGGAAUCGGAGUUAUUGGGAUGUUAGACACCGCGUAUUUGACUUACCUCAAGCUCACUGGCUCCGAUGCGUUUUGCCCUGUUGGUGGUGGUACUUGCGGCGAUGUCUUGAACAGCGAUUACGCCGUCGUUUUCGGUGUUCCUCUGCCAGUGAUUGGAUUUGUUAUGUAUGGCUUAGUAACUGCUCUAAGUGCGCAGCUUGGGGAAGAAGGGAAUUUACCCUUUGGAAUCAGUAAGAGCAAUGGGCGUUUUGCGUUAUUUGCGACCUCGACUGCAAUGGCCUCUGCUAGUGCAUAUUUCCUGUAUAUCCUUGGCACAAAACUCUCAGGAUCGUCGUGCCCGUACUGUUUAGUGUCUGCCUUCCUAUCAUUUACUCUGUUUUUCCUCUCUUUCAAGGAUGUGAAGGUUCAAGAGAUAAAACAAGUCGUAGGCUUGCAGAUAUGCUUGGCAGUCAUAGUAGUUGCCUCCUUAACUGCUUCCUAUAGUACUGCUCAGCCAAUCCCUUCACGCUCAGGUGACAUUGAACUGCCAUAUUAUUCAACGGAGAUCACUACAUCAUCAAGCCCUGAUGCUAUUGCUUUAGCAAAACAUCUAAACUCCAUUGGAGCGAAAAUGUAUGGAGCAUUCUGGUGUUCUCACUGUUUAGAGCAAAAACAGAUGUUUGGAAGAGAAGCGGCGAAGUUAUUGAAUUACGUGGAAUGUUUCCCCGAAGGAUAUAAGAAAGGAACUAAGAUAUUCAAGGCAUGUUCAGAGGCUGGUAUCGAAGGAUUCCCGACAUGGAUCAUUAAUGGUCAGGUUCUAAGCGGAGAAGUAGAACUUGCUGAACUAGCGGAGAUGUCCGGAUUCAGCCUUGAUCAGCCAAAUGAGGCCAAUCAACUUCAGUAA